CAGCUCCACCGAGAGUUAUCUCACAAGAAGCGUAUCUUAUCGUUGGCAUGGACGAUAGGCGUAUCUGCAACGCCCCAUUUCUGCCAAAACACUGAGGACUGAGAUGUGGCAUCCCUUCCAUCCUUCUUGUCUCUGCCUUCCGACUAUGGCCACAAAUGAAGGAACACAGGUGCUCUCCGAGGGCACAGGCUACGGCGUCGUCCUCGGGAUUGGACUCGUCUUUGCGCUCAUCAUGAUGGGGCUCUCAACGCUGCAGAACCGCUACACGAACUACAAGACUGCAACUUCGGAGGAGUUUAACACUGCGUCGCGCUCGGUGAAGCCAGGCCUGAUCGCAUCGGGCAUAGUUUCCGCAUGGACGUGGGCCGCUACGCUGCUGCAGAGCUGCACGGUGACCUACGAGUAUGGCGUGUGCGGGGGGUACUACUACGCCGCAGGUGCGACACUGCAGGUUUUCUUGAUGUCGAUUCUGGCCGUGCGUGUGAAGAUGAUUGCGCCGUACUGCCAUACGUAUCUCGAGAUCAUACACGCGCGGUACGGCGAUCUGGCACAUUUCGUCUUUGCAACAUUCGCGCUCGCGUGCAACCUUAUCGUAUCAAGCAUGCUGCUUCUCGGAGGUAGUGCGGUUGUCAAUGCAUUCACGGGCAUGAACAUAUAUGCAGCGAACUUUCUCAUUCCCAUUGGUGUCAUGGCGUAUGUGAUCCUCGGUGGACUACGUGCUACCUUCCUUUGUGACUACUCUCACACGACCAUACUCAUGAUCAUCUUAUUCUAUUUCUUCUUCUACACGUACACUGAAAGCGACCUGAUCGGCGGAAUCGAAGGCAUGUACCGUCUACUAGGAAAAGCGGCCGAAGAGCGUCCGGUGGCAGGAAGCCAGGAUGGUUCCUACCUCACGCUGAAGUCGAACUAUGGCCUCGUCUUCUUGAUAAUCCAGAUGUUUGGCGCCUUCGGGAAUGUGACGGUAGAUCAGGGCUACUGGCAGCGCGCGAUUGCGUCACAAGCAAAAACCACCAUGAACGCCUACCUCAUGGGCGGCAUUGCCUGGUUUGCUGUCCCAAUGACGAUGUCUUUGGCUAUGGGCCUGUCAGCAGUUGCACUCGCGAACAGUCCUACCUUUCCCUAUGCUGGUGGUCUCACAUCGACCGAACUGAACGCUGGACUGACUGCUCCGGCGGCGGUCGUGACGCUUCUCGGUAGAGGCGGUGCUGCUGCCAUGCUCAUCCUACUUUUCAUGGCUGUCACAUCGGCUGCCUCCUCGGAGAUGAUCGCAACGUCAUCCGUCUUAACGUUCGAUCCAAACGCAUCCCAAGAGCGACUUAUUCGCGUAUCGCACAUCAUGGUCGGUAUGUGGGCGAUCAUCAUGUCCUGCGUUGCGUGCAUCUGGAACGCGAUCGGACUCUCGCUCAAUUGGCUCUACCUCUUCUCGGGCACCAUCUACACAUCCGCCGUGGGCCCGAUUGUUCUGACUGUCCUGUGGCGCAAGCAAACGCGCGCUGCUGCGAUUGGCGGGGCGCUGGGCGGGCUGGUUGUGGGUGUCAUUAGCUGGUUGGUAGUUGCGAAAGUGUAUUACGGAGGGUUGACCAUGACGACGACGGGCGAGGCAUACCCGAUGCUGGCAGGAAAUAUGGCGUCUUGCUGUGCGGGAGCGCUCCUCUCUGCUGCAAUCACUUGGAUCAAGCCCGAUAACGAGUUCGACUGGACCGAGACCAAGAAAAUCAACCCGCGCGGACGCGCGCUUGACCUUCAGGCUUCCAGACGCGUAAAAGCUGAGAAGCAGCCGGAUGAUAAAGACUCUGACUCUGACUUAGUAAAAGAACUCGCGAAGGAGGAUGCGGUGUCAAUGUCAAUUGCAGAGGUGUCAGCUCUUCCACAACAGCCCGAAGACUACGAAACACUGCGGAAGUCGAUGAAAGCUGCGGUGUGGCCUUCGUCGAUCCUCAGCUUCGUCAUCAUUUUUCUCAUCCCAAUACCACUCUUCCUCUCGCACUACGUGUUUUCGCUCAAUUUCUUCAAAGCAUGGGUGAUCAUCACGAUCAUAUGGUUGUUCGUCGCGGCAAGCAUUACGUCUGUCCUACCUCUAUGGGAAAGUCGAGGUGCCAUCAUCGAAAUUGGCCAAGGUCUGUUAAAGGAUAUAAUGGGCAUCAGCUUGAGAAGGAGACGAAAUGUUUCUUAUGUAUAAUUACCUUGUCCAUCUGCUCCGCGUUCCCAUGGUCCGCCGUUAUGAACAGGAUGUAACCCGCCUCCUGACAGGCCGUGUACGCGGUCGCGACAGCCUUGUCCGUUGCAGAGAUGGCCUGCACGGCUGCCUCGUACACGCCCGCGUGGCCAACCAUAUCCGGUGGCGCAAAGUUGCACCGUGUGUGUGCACAUCACGAACUCCCUUCAACCUCUAUAUAUGCUCCUACUUAGGUAGUCCUACGCCCAACUUGUACCCAGACACACCCC